GGACUCGAGGCGACCUAGGGCGCAGGCGCCGACCGCAUGCUGCGUAUGUUGUGUUGCGCGGUGACCCGGAGCGCGUUACGCUGCGCCCGUCGUUCCCCGGCGCCCGAGCUUCGCGCCGCUGCCACCGCCACCAUCAUGUCCCAGCCGUUGUCGCCUCCGCGGGCCGCCUCCGAGGCCCCGGCCCGGCCCGCCACAGUGCUGGGGACCAUGGAGAUGGGGCGCCGCAUGGACGCGCCCUCCAGCGCCGAGUCCGUGCGCGCCUUCCUGGAGCGCGGCCACACGGAGCUGGACACGGCCUUCAUGUACUGCGACGGCCAGUCUGAGAGCAUUCUGGGCGGCCUGGGCCUCGGGCUGGGCGGCGGCGACUGCAGAGUGAAAAUCGCUACCAAGGCCAAUCCCUGGGAUGGGAAGUCGCUGAAGCCUGACAGUGUCCGGGCCCAGCUGGAGACUUCCCUGAGGCGGCUGCAGUGCCCCCGAGUGGACCUUUUCUACCUGCAUGCCCCAGACCACGACACCCCCGUGGAGGAGACACUCCAUGCCUGCCACCAGCUGCACCAGGAGGGCAAGUUCGUGGAGCUUGGCCUCUCCAACUACGCCUCCUGGGAGGUGGCCGAGAUCUGUACCCUCUGCAGGAGCAACGGCUGGAUCCUGCCCACCGUGUACCAGGGCAUGUACAACGCUACCACACGGCAGGUGGAGACGGAGCUCUUCCCCUGCCUCAGGCACUUCGGACUGCGGUUCUAUGCCUACAACCCUUUGGCUGGGGGCCUGCUGACAGGCAAGUACAAGUAUGAGGACAAGGAUGGGAAACAACCCAUGGGCCGCUUCUUCGGGAAUAACUGGGCUGAGAUCUACAGAAAUCGCUUCUGGAAAGAGAACCAGUUCGAGGCCAUUGCCCUGGUGGAGAAGGCCCUUCAGGCUGCGUAUGGCGGCAGUGCCCCCAGCAUGACCUCGGCCACCCUCCGCUGGAUGUACCACCAUUCCCAGCUGCAGGGUGCCCUCGGGGACGCGGUCAUCCUGGGCAUGUCCAGCGUGCAGCAGCUGACACAGAACUUGGCAGCGACCGAGGAAGGGCCGCUGGAGCCGGCCGUGGUGCAGGCCUUCGAUCGGGCCUGGCAGCUGGUCGCCCACGAAUGUCCCAACUACUUCCGCUAGGGCCACUCCUGGCUGGUGCUGCCAAAGGCUCCUUUCUCUCCCGUCACCUCUUCUAGUCUCACAUCCUGACUAGUCUGCCUUAAGUCCAUUUAACUAACCAAGAAAAUGCUCUUUUUUGAUUGUCUGGAUCGAUGCAGUAUUUUUCUAGAUUCCGUCCUGGCUCCCAGUUGCCUUCGCAGUGUGGAAAGGCUGGGGCUGUGGUCCACUUGGGCCGUUCCUGUCUGAAUAAAGCAGGCACAUGACUGGCCUGGGCCCUGAUUGAACCCCA